AACACACAUUUCCUCUAUAACCCCCUUGAAUCAAAACUCAUGCUAAAAUCCAUCCCUUUCCCAAGGACUACUCCUCUCUAUCAUGUACUCCCUAAGCGUGCGCUCCACAUCACCUCAAUAAACCGGACCCUUUCUCCCUCUGACAAGCUAUGGAUUGCACCAUCCGACGCUGACCCCUCCAGACGAGACUACGCUCUUGCGUUCCGUACUACCCGUCUCCCAAAGCCAGCGGCAGCUGAAUUGCUUCCCCAGAUAUGCCGGGGCAUAAUCAACUCGAGUCCGAACAUCUCUGUUUCAUCUGCGGUUCGGAAGGUAGUCGAGCGGACAGGGUACGCCUGGGAGAAAUGCGGGAGCUGUGGAAAUGGUCCGUUAGUUGUUGUCCCCGGAGCGAAUUAACAGUCAAUCAUGUCGUCUCGGAAGCUAAACCGAGGUAUUCACAGCAAUGCUUUCACCACGAGAACAGGAUUCCAGAAAUGUGGAGGAUGUCCCCGCACUACUGGUCCUUCCACUCCCAAUAGCCCGUGCGGGCCCCUCCACAGCUGCACCCCCGAGGGAAUUGAUAAAAGGCACCUGCCACGACCUCUCGGACCUGAGCUACCAAUUCAACCCCGACCUAACUUCGCUCCCAACAAUAGAGAAGGGGAUAUACAUCUCAGCCUUGUGGAAACGCCUCCUCCCACUUUUCAAGGGAGCCCUCCGUGCAAGCAUACACAAAGUUCUACCAGACGAGGAGCGAGAGGCACAGAUUGAAACGCUUGUGCACAGAUUCGAAGUAUCCGGGAGCAUCACUGUGGUGUUCGUCCACGCGGAGCUAACAGUCGAGAACAGUCUUGCGCUAGUUUCGGGUGAAGUUGAAGGUUUUCUUACCCCAAUUUGCUCCAUCCUUUGUGCAAGCACUUAAUAGCGAUAGAAUGCGACUACGCAAAUGCCACGAACGGUCUUUGGUCGCCCGUCCUAGCGAUCCUGAGCAAUGGCCUGUCGUUCCAGUAUUUUAUUUACAAUGCCAUCACAGCGCCAACAAGAAUUUCUGCAUCGAAGGUGUUCCCGGGCCUUAGACCAUCCCCUAGCGAGAACGGGUUCGAAGAUAGCGUGGAGGAAGUGUUGCAGAGAAUGUACUAUGUUUUCCUUUGCGGGUAUAUCAAUGGGAUAAAAGCACAGCUUCGGAGGAUUUCGGCGGUUUAUGGGGAGGAGGAUAGAGCAGGUGGGGCGCUGGAGAGAGCGCUCGAGGAGGCGGAAGGGGCUUUGGGGGCCGGCAAGGGGGCGAUAGAUGGCACUGCGGGUGUGGAGGAGGGGGUGGAGGCUCUGGCGAGAAGGUUUGUACCCUGCCCAUGGAGAUCUGCGCUACCACUGUAAGCACCGGUACGGUACUCGAAUGGAAGAUAAAUGUGCUAGGACGUUG